AUGACAUAUCAUGUCUUUAUAGAGCCCCGUGAAUGUUUCGUAGCACAUAUUGCCGCCUCGAAAGUACUUCUAGAGAACUUAUACGCCGCGGCAUGGCUCGGACAUAGUUUCGAAAAUGUAUGGCCGACGCUACCGCGCAUUCUCGAAGCGGGAAAACGGUGGCCAAGAUCUGAAGAACCGGACGAGACGGUCCCUGAAAUCUGA